AUGUACAUUGUAAAUCAUUCCAUCACUACCUUUGUGGGUUGUCUACAACAGAAAGGGAACAGUCAUGUCAUCCCUCAGGGAGAGAUAAUGCUGAUGGCAGAUGCCCUUGAAAUUCUUAGAAAAAGAUUCUUCAUUUCAGAUGCAGCUGAAUGUGACUCUUGCCUAGAAGAUCAAUACCCCAACAAGGACAAGCACCAGUGCAUUGCCAAGAAGCUCCACUUCCUUGCCCAUCAAGAGACGCUGGGAUUAACCUUAGUCUCUUUCACACUUUUUCUCUCUGUGAUCACAUUGGCAGUCCUGGUGAUUUUCCUUAAGCAUCGUGACACACCAAUUGUCAAGGCCAACAACCGAGAUCUCACUUACACCCUCCUGGUCUCCCUUCUUUUCUGCUUCCUCUGCUCCUUCCUCUUCAUUGGGCAACCCAAGAAGUUAACCUGUCUCUUCCGACAAUCUGCCUUUGCCAUUCUCUUUUCCCUUGCAGUUUCUUCUGUGUUAGCAAAAACUGUCAUGGUGGUUCUUGCCUUUAUAUCCACCAAGCCAGGGAACAGCACCAGGAAACUCUUAGGUAAACCACUGACCAACUCCAUUGUCUUAGCCUGUCCCCUGGUCCAAGCAGUUCUUUGUGCCAUCUGGCUGGGAACUUCUCCUCCAUUUCCAAACUUGGACUUCCACUCACUGAUUGGUGAGACCAUCUUGGAAUGUAAUGAAGGCUCAGCUUCAAUGUUUUUCAUUGUCUUUGCCUACCUUGGCUUUUUGGCCCUCAUCAGUUUCACAGUGGCCUUUUUAUCUAGGAAAUUGCCUGAUAGUUUCAAUGAAGCCAAGUUCAUUACUUUUAGCAUGCUGGUCUUUUGCAGUGUUUGGAUCACCUUCCUUCCCAGUUAUUUGAGCACCAAAGGGAAGUCCAUGGUGGUUGUGGAGAUCAUCUCCAUCUUGGCCUCUGGGGCUGCUCUCUUGGUUUGUAUCUUUUUUCCCAAAUGCUACAUUAUCCUAUUGAGGCCCAAUCUGAAUUGUAGAGAGAAUAUAAUGAGGAAUAAGAAUCUCUGA